AUGAAAAAAUUAGGAAAAAUAAUUUCAACAAUUAUCCUUUUAAGUACUUUGACAUUAGCUCGCGAGUUGGUUUAUUUAGGAAAUUAAUGCACUUGUGAAUAAUUGACAUCACAACGUGACUGUUCUUAUUUUAAGAAGUGCUAAUUUAUCAAUUAAAUUUGUUCUUUAAAACCUUGUGAUUAGAUGAAUUUUGAGGCUUGUUAAAGUAGUGAUUGUGCAUGGAAUUAAGGAAAAUGUUCUAAGUUUACAAAUUGUUAAGAUUAUGAAGUAUCCGAUGCUGAUGAUUGCUUUAACCUAAACCAUUAUUGUUAAUAUAAUAUUUAAACAAAAUCCUGCUAAACCAAAGAUCCCAUAAACUAAUCAUGUUCGGAAUAGAGCUAAGCCAAUUGUUACUAAGGAAUAGAUGGUAAGUGUAUUUACAAAGACAACAAAUGUUAACUUUGGACAGAUUGUAAAGAUGGAGAAUUAGAAUAUUGUAUGAUAGGAAAUUUACAUUGUAUAUGGGAUUUAGAACAAGAUAAAUGUGUAUCAGCCACAUCAUGCUAAGAUCUAGAUGAUAUGCCAUGCAUUUUUGCUUUCCCGAAUAUGAAUACUAUGGAUGCUUAUAUAUGUCAAUAUGAUAAGAAUGGAAAUUGUUAAGACUUUAAUCCUUCCAAUUCUAAUUAGGAAUCCUGUAUAGCCCAAUCCUAUGGGUAUUAUUAAUGGAUUAAUGGAAAGUGCACGGCAUGUUAAUCAAUUAAUUUUGAUUUAAUUUAAUCAGUGGUAGUGUUAACAUAUCUAAUUUUGAGUUGA